UGUGCUCUUCUAGUCAUCAGCUGUAAUGAAUGCUAUAAACAGGUUGAUCAUUGAUAUAAACGAGUUGGUAAAAAAAUUAAGACUUUGGCCUUAAACGUUAAAGCGUUUACGUUACGUAAAUAAUGAAGACUAGUAAAUCUAUUGAUGAAAAUAGCAGUGAAACUCAAUUUAUCAGCGAUCAAGAAAAUUACGAGGAAACGCGUAAUUUUGAAAGAAAAAGUGAAAAACCAACAAAUCAAAAUAUCAGGUUUACCAGGGAAACUAUGGCAAUGACAAAUCUUCUGUCUCAAGAGUCAAAAUCAGGCCGACGAGAAGGGACAAACAACGGUAAUGGAAAGCUAAACAACAAUAAAAACCAUAAUGAAAAUGACCCUAAAGGAAAAAACACUUAUGAUUUCGAAAAUAGCUUGGACCUCAUUAUAUCUUCCUCGCAGAUUCACAAGAGAAAGAAAGGAAAAAAUACAGAUGACUAUGAGGUCAAUCAUGAGAUAUUGAAAAAAUGUCUCUCUAAUAUUGCAUCAAAAGGCAGUAUGUCAGAAAAAAUUGUAAAUUUGGAGUCGCCAGUUGUUUCAAAUUCACCGUCUGACAUCACAAAGCAAACACCGACAUUUGGCAACAGUAUGCAACAGUUUCAAAGCUCAAGGGAAAACGCAGACAGUUCUGGAAACAUUUUACAAUCUGUAAUUUCCAUGUUCCAAACAAGUACGACUAUGAGACUAGUUAACGAACAAAAUUUGCAACAGAAGACAUUUAACACAGGUAAAAUAGAAAGCGAUGUAGUACUCAACAAAACGGCUUCAGCACCUCCUGGUGCACACAUCGAUCACAAGAAAAAUGUGGCUCAUAAGAAAAAAAAGAAGCAUUACAGACAAGCAAAACUUAAAUGUGACUGUCUUCUGUUUAUUGGUUUUGCACUGGUAUUUAAGAGAUUGAGAAAAUUAUUGCUGGGAGAAUGUAGAAACAAAUCCAAGAUGGAUUUUCUUAAUCCUAUAUAUUCCACCAAAUUAUUAUGACUCGAUUAAAAUUUCUUAUGAUUU